AUGGGAGUCUAUUGUUUGCAUCACAAUUCAAGGAUACCUUUUGAAAGUGCAAUAUGGGUAUUCGACGAUGAAGCCAUGGGGUCAUAUCCAUGGGGUCGGACUGCAUACGAAGUUCUCAUUGACUCUAUUAAAACGUUGGCUCCAGAAGGAGGGUCAUACACAAUAAGCGGCAUAACCGUCGCGUUAUUGAUUUGGGCAUAUGAAUCUGUCGCCUGCUUCGGUGAGAAUUUUGGGAGGGUGGUGAAUAAUGAAGACGUUCCGCUUUUGCGAUGGGGUGGAAAGCGUACACGUGCAAGUUUUGAUAACUUGUUGGCUGCCGAAAUCAAAGAGCAUGGCGAGGUGCGUCUGAGGAGAAUGGUUUUGAAGGACUCAAUUGAAGAGAUGUUUCCUAAAUGGCCGGGUGAACCUGACGACCCACAACUCGUUAGCUUGAUAACAGACAUACAUGCAGGUAGAUUUGUGAAAGGUUUUUGGGAAGUGCAUGGGAAUACGCAGGGUAAUGCGCAGGGGAAGGGGAAUAAGAAGAAGAAGAAAAUGAAGGGUGGAGUUUCGUCAGAAGCUGAGCCACCCACUAAGAAGCAGAAGAAAGUUAAGACACAAAAUGAGUCUGAAGCUGCUGCAGCGGGAAAGGGUUCUAGCGAGAAGGAAGGUAGCAAAGAUUUGGAGUUGGAGAACAAAGCGACUCUGACGACCAUUGUGAGUACUCUGGAUUAUAUUUCCACGAAAUUUGAGCAGUUUGACUCAUGGUUGGAAGCUUACGAGUUAGACCGGAACAGACCAUUGAUGGACCAAAAGACCAUUGAUGACAGGGUGAAAGCUUUACUGGAGGAGCGUCUGAAAGUUCUGGGAGUUGGGAAAAUUCCCGAAAACAAUGAUAACCCUUCUCCACCAUCAGCAGAUAAAGCUUUAUCGUUGGCAUCACCGUGGGUUAAAACGCAGCAGAAGUCUGUCAAUAGUCCAGCGUUAGCUGCGACUUCUGGUAAGAUUUUUGGACCGAAAAAGAAUUUGGCGAAGGAGCUUGAUAAGGAAUCAGGGGUGAAAAGGACUUUGGCUGAGGAGUUUGGCAGUGUCGCAAAAGCUACUGAUCUUGAUAGUCAACAUAUUGAUUUCGUAUUAGUUUCUCCUUCAAAGGCUACUAAGGAAGAUAAGGAUGCUAAGGUUCCAGCCUAUGGAUGCGGCUGUAGGGGUAAGCGUAUUGUUAAGGGUGAGGAAGCCGAUGAGAAAAAAAAAACAGCGCAGGCAGAUGCUGCAUUUAAGAGGAAGGAGAAGGCUGAGGCUAAAAAAAAAGCGGCUGAGGCUAAGAAAAAAGAUGCUGAGGCUAAGAAAAAAGAGGCUGAAGCUAAGAAAAAAGAGGCUGAAUUAAAGAAGAAACAAGAGGCUGAGGUUGUUGGGGAAGAGAACAAAUUUGCGCUGGAGUCUGAUGUCGAGAAUCAGGAAGUGAUUAGAUCUGCCGUAGUAAGGGAAUAUCGGGAGAAACGUGUUCAAUUAUCUCCAAAAGGGUUUGCAUUGACGGCAGUUUCUUCACCACUAGUUUUUCCGUACGUUGGAGACGAUGGAACAACGUGCCUGAGGAAGAAUGUUACUCCUUCAUUAGUAAUAUAUGACCCUCUAGCACCUAUUGAUCCGGUGCUAUUAGAAAAACUGAUGCAACACAUUAAGGGAAUUCCACCCAAACCACCAGCACCAGCAGAUAAACCAGCAGUCUUCUCCACUGAUCAUGAGGGUGAUUUCUACAGCAUACUCAUCCAUGAAAGACCGUGGCCGGAAAAGGAAUAUGGAUGGAUGUUUGAUAAUUUCAAGAUAAAACCUAGUAUGUUCAAUUUCAAAGGCAAUGGUUAUGAAGAUAUGUUAAAGGGUAAGCUUCCCGAUCACUGUCCAACAAAAUUGAAGUGGUAUGAAGAUGUGGAUCACUUGUACGGAUGUCUUCAAACUGGCAGAAAUCACUGGGUUGCGUAUCAUGUGGAUCUGAAGAAGGAGAAGAUUGAUUGCUACGAUCCAAUCUUUGGAGAGGCAACACCCGAAAUGCUUGGUGUAACGUUUGAUGGGAUAAACGAUAAAAAUAUUCAAGGUUUACGGAUGAAGAUGGCAGCAGAGAUCCUCGAUGAAGGAGGAAAUUCUGUGAUGAGCAAUUUGCUGGCUAAUUGA